UGGUGGUGGGGAGGGUUGGAGGAUCAGCUGUGAUGCAGUGUGAUUUUGGAGUCUCAACAUUCAAAUGGGAGAAGUACUGGUGUCGAGAAACUCAGGAUGGAAAGUGCCUGAAGCUAAAUGACUUGUGGGUAGACUUUUACAUUGAGGAGGAGACAUUUUCGUUGGUGAAGCAACAUCUAAACCCCAUGGACAGUGGAAUCUACCACUGUGUGUUUACACAGCGGUCACUCUCUAUUGACCUCCAGGUGCUUCAGAACAAGAACGGGCUCAGUGUACCUGGUACUGUCAACGUGAUUCCAAAUGAAAAUGUCAGUAUUGCAUGUAAAUAUAUCCAGGAAUAUCAGAAGGCACAAAAAUCCUGGACCUGUUACACAGAAACCUUUUUGCUAAAUAUAGGAAAUGCUGAAAGUGUAAAAGACAAUCAAACCCGGUCUGAGUUGUUGUUGACACUUAAUGUGAAAAAGUAUAACAGAAUACUUUGCAUAUGUAGAGUGAGAACAUUUAGUCAAUACAUUGAGGCCAGCGUAACUUUGAUGGUUGGGUUGAGAGCACCACAAUAUGUGAACUGCACAGAAGGUGACUCUGUAAAAAUUCGCUGUGACUACUUCAAGAACUGUCUAUCCAAGUUCUGGUGCAAAGUGGACUCUCAAGGAGCAUGUGGCUUUAUUUUAUGGAGCUUCAAUCAAAACCAUCUGAGAAUGAGAAUGGAAGACUCUACUGACUUUUUUAAUGUAAUCAUUGAGCAUCUUGAGAUGAGAGAUGCUGGAAUUUAUCGCUGUGGAUGUGAAAAUUAUCCGCAGAAGAAUGUAACUGCCGACGUGCAUCUUUUUAUAAAAGGUUCACAGGUGCCGUCACAAGUCUCACCAACCUUAGCAGGGCAAGCUACGGAUUCCACCCAAAGUUUCAGUCCGUCUCUCGUAUUGCAUGCCAUCAUCUGUCUCCUCACUGUCAUAGUCAUCACUCUGCUGGUCAUCUUACUCAAAGUAUACUGUACAAGGAGCAGCAAACGUGUGCAAGAUGUGAAUUUAGGAGAAGACAUUUUUCACAUGAACGAUCUCAGUGAUUCACACCCUGUGAAUCAUAACUCACACCCCUGUGAUUCACACCCUGUGAAUCAUAACGACAUCAUCCCUCUACAAAUCUACACCCCAGGUGCUGAGGAUUCAGAGGAUUCAUCUUCUACUAGCUCAGACAGCUCUGACGAUUUGUUCGGGAACAUAUCAUUUGGGACGAAUUUCCAACGUCUGAGUUUGAAAACUUCGGUUAACGUCGAAGACUAUGAAAACGUCUGUGAUGAAAAACCUGCGGCAGACUAUGAGAAUGUGACGACAGCCAAAACCCAAGAUUAUGUGAACAUAGCAGAUCCUGACAAUGCACCCAACACCACGCAGCAAGAGGCUGAAGCCAGCAGGCUCACAGCAAGCCUGGCAGAGAGAAUAACCAGUAAUGGAAGCAGCAAUAGCAGCGACGAGAGUGACAGUGAAUUAGUCAGCUACGCCACGGUUGUCCUAAAAAAGCCGUAGGCACCUUUUCAUAGGAUCGUUUUGGGCAGGUGAACACCAAGCUGAAUGUAGCGUCACUAAUCAACUAUCUUUUUCCCCUUUUCACUCUAUUUUAGAGGUUGAUUGUGCCAAUCAAUAGGCUUAUACUACUCUAAGAAAAAAAUAGCUUCAUGUUAAAAAAUUAACCGUGUAUAGUGUGCUGUCAUUUUCAUUCAUCUGCAGUGUUGGCUUAGAGUACUUUUUUUUUCAAGUGGGAUACAGUGUGUGGUGUAAAACCCUAUAAAAAUAGAUCUAGAGGUAUAUUUUUGUUUUGAUCAGAGUUCUCACUGGUACAGAUGAAUAUCAGUGCAGAGGGUUACAUCCUGUUUAGAGAGGAACCAGUUUGUGCAGUUAAACAGGAUGACAUACCACACUGGGUUUCUCUCUUGAAUAACUCUCGUACAGCAGUGCUGAUUAAUGUGCUCUUUUGACAUUUUGUUUUUAUCACUGUUAAAUUAGUGAGACUUGCUACUAACAUGCCAUGCUGGACGCUCGGGCUAUAUUGAUAUACUUUACAAAUUAUUUAGCUUAUUGAAUGUUUUAAAUCGUGUUGUUUAAGAGGCAGGUUAAGACUUUUCU